AGUGAAGUUAGUAGUGAGUUAGUAAUCCCCAUAGUCCCCAGUAGUAGUCCCCCAGUUAGUCCCUCACUCCCCAGUAGUUUUUAGCAGUUUUACUAGUUUUCUAUGUACUUCCCCUACCAACAACAAUACAUAAACUACAAGCAGACAGAAACAAAGAGGUGACGUCCAUCGUAUCCACUCCAGCGGCACAUCAACCUCCAAACGCUAACCACUAACCACCACACCCAACCAGUCAACCCAAGCUCUUCCAACCAAGAAACUGUAAAUAGUCGCAGUAUUGCGCCAGUUGCCCUUGGCUGGGGCAUUGGCAUUUUACAUAUUCCCGCACAUCCCCCCCCCAGGAAAACUAACUCAACACCAUCUCAAGACCUCUCUCGAACCUCUCCGACCUUCUCUUCCUUUACUACCUCAAGAUCUAUCCUCUCGCUAUAUCCCCACGUCUCUCUCUCCCGCGACCACUCUAUCCGCACUCUCCGUCAUUCACGCCACUUGGAAACGACCCACCGUGCUUUCACACCGUCAUCGUCUCACUUUUUGGCGCUUAAGACUACGAACAAAGGCCACCCUUUGAAAAAUAACCUCCAAAACCGAACAAGACCCUGAGAAGACCCGGAACCCUGGAUUUCUACACCUAGACAAAAAAAGACACCACAUUCGUUUAUAGCUCAGAGAUCACAAGAUAUGGUCACCAUGGCCAAAAACCGAGUGCUCUCGUUCAUGUCGAACUUCUCGAACCGCGACUCCCGCAGCUCGAAAACGCCCUCGCCGCCCGGAGACACUAUCCCCUUCCCGUCCUUCCCGGAGAAGCCGGAGCAGCAGCAGCAGCAGGAUGUUUACCGCUCGAGGUCGCCGCAGCGCGGACCCCAGCAACCUUCGAAUAUUAGGGGCUCGCCCACACGGCGCGAGCAGGUGCAGCGGAAUCGCGCAAACUCGAGGCCGAUAUCUAUGGUGCAGACAUACCAGCCGCCGCUGAUGGAGUUGGGGCAGGAUACGCUGCCGGAGCUGCAGCCGGUGUUUACGUACCUGAAUAGCCAUAGCAAUAAGCUGUACCAGGAGGGGUACUUUCUCAAGCUCGAUGAUCAGAAUUCCCAAGGGAAGCCAAAUUUGGACAGGACGUGGACGGAAUGCUUCGCGCAGCUUGUCGGGACGAUCUUGUCGCUCUGGGAUGCGGCAGAGCUGGAUGCUGCGGGAUCAGAGGGCGAGGUUCUGCCAAAAUUCAUAAAUUUGACAGAUGCCUCUAUCAAAAUGAUCGAGUCGCUCCCCACGAGAUCGAAUGACGAUCAGCCCCUCAAUAAUGUUCUCAGUAUAUCGACGGCAGGUAAGAACAGGUAUCUGCUGCAUUUCAACUCGCACCACUCCCUAUUGCAGUGGACCGCUGGUAUCCGCCUGGCCAUGUUCGAGUACGCUACCCUGCAGGAGGCGUACACGGGCGCGCUGAUCGCUGGUAAGGGCAAGUCCCUCAACAACAUCAACAUCAUCCUGGCGCGAUCGACAUUCAAGUACGAGGACUGGGUCCGCGUGCGAUUUGGCGCUGGUACGCCAUGGAGACAGUGCUGGUGCGUCAUCACACCACCGGAUGAGAAGGAGGUGCACAAGCUACAGAAGGACUUCAAUAAGAAGAAGUCGGCGUAUGACCGCAGCAGGCCGCCCGUGGUGAAGGGCGAUAUUAAGUUCUACGAAUCGAGGAAGGUUACGAAGAAGUCAAGGCCGAUCGCGUCUAUUAGUGAUGCGUUUUCGGCCUUUGCGAUUUACCCCCAGUCUAAGGCGCUAAUUGAACCGUCAACCUUGAUAAAGCUCGAGGGUAUCAUUACGAUUCACUCAGACCCGCCGACGUCUACAGAGGGCUUUGUUUUUGUUAUGCCAGAGGUGCACGCUGCUGUUAGCGGUUUUGAGAUCAUGCUGAGAUGGCUCUUCCCGGUUUUCGACACUUUCGCGCUAUACGGAAGACCUGACCGGUUGGUCGCCGAUACGAACGACACGAGGAGUUUGAUGUUCGCCAUGCCAAAUGAGAGGCGCUACGGCUACCUUGACGUUCUUGAUGUCGCCGCUUUGAUCUCGGCCGAGGGAAGCCAGAACUGGAGUGAGGGUGAGUGGAGGCGGAGACUGAAGGAUUCUACUGCGAAGCGCAUGGUUGCCAUCAGCCAGAAUGGCGGCAGCAGGCGCGGCAGCAGGAGAAAUACAUUGAGGGAUGGCUUUAACGACAGGGCAUCUAUCCGCUCCAACCCAUCCAUUUCAUGGGGUCCGCCACCAGUUGACGUCCCAGCUCCACGCACAGACUCUGCCCCGCCUCUGGAAGGCCCAUACCCGCCAUAUCCGUCAGCCACUCAGGCACAACACCACUCACGCUCAGCCUCCGAGGGCUUCCAGAACGGCUUCCCCCUCUACGAAGGAUCCGACGUCCCCCCCGCGCCCCCACCACACAGCUCCGGCCUCCGCCACGAAUACGACGCGACCUCCCCACCCGAACCGACCUACCACGAGGAGGACCACUCCCCCAGCGCCCCCGCACAAGAGCUCCGCGAUCUCCAGCUCAGCCCCGGCGGCGUGGAGCCCGUCUCUCGCCCCCCCGCCUUCUCGCACGCGCCCGGCUCGCUCCCGCCGUCCGCGAAACUGCAGAACUCGCCCGAGCUGCGGCGCGCCAAGAGCCGCAUGUCGAACGGGACGCUGUCGCAGUUUGCGGGCGCGGGAGGAGCGGCGGCCACGCAAGGGGUCGCGCAGUACCGCGCGGGCCUGGAGGAGAUGCGCGUCGCUGAUGAGACGAGGAGGGGAUUGCCAAGAGGAGUACAUGCCGCCGACGACCCUACCCCUGGGAUGAAUGCUAACAUGGCUUCUGGUGCUGAAGGAGUGAUAGUGGGAGGUAAUAGACUCUCUUUCGAACGGCACCCGGAGGCGCUGCAGAUGCGGGCUCCGGAGGAUGCGGGUGCAGCGCCGUUUUAUAAUCCUGUCGACAACACCGCUCAGCAACCACGCACUGCCGUCCGGCCAACCGUCAUCGUACCUGCGUAUCCGCCACCGUACAUCCAAGAACACGCUCAAACUCCAUCUGAGGACAGACCCGGCUCGCAACCCCGCAGUGCAAACCGCAACAGUCUCCAGCGCAAGCCACUUCCAGCCGGGACCCCAGUAACGCCAAUCGGGCCUCUGACGCGCGACCCUAUCUCUCCUGGUGGAGCAUCGACAAUCGGCAGCCUGUACAUGGACCAAGAGGCCUUCGACAGCAUCCAGCCGCGUGGAAACCAGCCCGGGGACCCCGUUGCUCGACAAGCCACGAACCUAAGUCACGUCAGCGAGACGAGCAAUUACACCAACUCCCCCACCGAAGCGCCACCAAUCGACCAAUCCGUCCCCGCACGCACGGCCUACGAUCGACCCCGCAGCGGGAUGAUGCGCACCGUAGGCGGUUACGGCGAUUCCACCCCCAACACCCCCUCCGACAUCCCAAACAUAGAUUUCGGACCAACCAUCAACUACGCCGCCACCACCAACCCGCUCGCCAAACCCUCCGCACGCACAGACAAUCCCCAAUAUCAACCACAAACCCAAUCUCAAUCUCAACCCCCACAACCACCCACCCACCGCGGACAAACCCACGCCAAGCAACCAUCCCGCACCCUCGCCUGGGCACCAGGCAUGACAUCCCCCCUCCCCUCCUCCCCCGGCGGCCUCACCCCCGAAGAAUUCGUCGCCCAACGCGCCGCCGCCGCCGCAGUCGCACAAGGCCACGCGCGCCAAGCAUCCGCAAGCACCCUACGCGCUAAUACCCCCACUCCCCCGAUCGGGACAGGAGGAGGUCGACCCGGACACGUGCGGAAUAACUCCUCCUUCGACGCUCUCCAGCGCGAGGCCGCGAGACCGUCUAGUCGUGGUGCUGGCGCGGCGCUGGGGGGGUUAGUGGGCACGAUUGAUGCGAGGGAGCGGGAGAGGAGGGAGGUGGUUAGGGGGGUUAAUAGCCAGGGUGUUCUUCAUGCUAUGGGGCAGAGGGUUGUGCAUGGGCAGGGACAGGCGGUUAGUCCGGGGGGUAGAGCGGUUAGUCCGGGACCUGGGCCGGCGUAUGGACAGCCUGGGCCGGGGAGGGCGCAGAGUCCGGGGCCGAUGGGCGCGUAUGGGCAGGGGAGACAUAGGUCGCAUAGCCCCGGGCCGAGGGUGGCGUAUGGACAGCCGCAGGGAAGAGCACAAUCUCCUGGCCCGAUGGGGGCGUAUGGACAGCCUCAGCAACGCAAUCAGAGCCCCGGGGGGAUGGGGGUGUAUGGCCAACAAUCUGCCCCUGGGUUGCCGGUGACGUAUCAGCAGCAGCAGCAGUACUUCCAGCAGCAGAUGGGUCCCGCCUUCGUCGUCCCUGAUUUCAUACCUCGUGAUACCGUCGACAUCUCCCUGUUGAACACCCAAACCCUCGUCAAGUUCUCGCACUUCUUCAACGAAACGCAAUUCCUCCACAAUCUCCGCUUAGGCUGCCCCGAAAUGGUUGUCCACGCCACCCUUCCCCCCACCGUCAAGACUGACCUCAUCCCCCUCCAACCGCAAUCACUUCUCAAAGAAGUCUUCGCCGGCACCGUUCUUCUGCACGCCGAGCAGUGGCGCCCCGCUUUUGACAAGUGGCUCGACGCCGUUCCCAACAAAGGCAAGCCGGCCGCCGUCGAGCUCGCCACCCCGCUCCUCAACUUCCCCUUAAAAUACGACACUCAAGCCUUCACCGACAACUUCGGCCGCAUUCUACGGUUCCCCGAGCCGCAACGACGUCUCGCAGCCACGGCUCUGUACACGUUACGCACGAAAUACAGCGUCCCAGUCGGCCCGUGGGAAAUCACUCCCAACGCCUUUUUCGGCGCGCAUUUGCGUGUUGCGGCGGAUGCUAAGAAAGCUGGUUGGACGGGCUACGACGUGCAAUCAAAGUUUCUCCUUGAGACUGCCGAGGCGGCGAGGUUGUCGACGGUGUAUGUGACGAGCGAGUCGACGCUGGCGGCGGAGUUUAAGAAGGCUGCGAAGUUGAAGAAUAUAAUGGUCGUUAUGAAGGAGGAUCUGCUUGAGGGCAAAGACCUGGAGGAGCUGAACAAUAUGACGUGGGAUCAACGCGGGCUGGUGGAUUAUGAGGUGCUGCUCCGGAGUAGCAUGUUUGCAGGUAUUGAACUGAGCAGUUUUGCGUGGAAUAUUGCGUUGAGGAGACAUACACUUUCGAGGCAGAAGUAUCGGGCUGCGUGGGAUACAAAUGUGAAGGAUGGUGAAAAGCUGAGUAUGAAGGAUGAGUACAGUAUGUUGUUUGGGCAAAAGCAUGGCCGUGAAUUGUUUGUGGAGAGUAUGUGGCCAUAG